GGGCAGAUUUUCUGUCAUCAGUCAGAUGGGGAAUGGGAAGAAUUCCUUGGGCCUUUCUUGCCUUGCCAAAAAUGCAGAGGUUUUGCCAGGCCCUUCAUGAAGCAGAUCAUGGCCUCAUCAGCCAAGUACUGGUGGAUUCAGAAGAAAAUCUUAGUGUUUGCACUGAGAAAAUGCACCCCACAUCUCCAUAUAACUGGAACACAGAUUGGACCUUCUGGUCUCUACACAAGUAAGAGUGAGGGUAGGCCAUAGACGGAGACCAAAUCUCACUAAUGUCCAGACCUCUAUCUGCCAGUGCCCCACAGGAAGAAUACCUUCUGCUUAAGAGACUGCUCUUCCCAGAGCAACUCUGGGGAAAUGAAGAGUCAUGGAAAAUUCCUAUCUCAAGUUCUACUUACAAAUAUCGUAAUGAAGAAUUCAAGAAACAAUUCUCACACCUGCCAGAUUUGGAAAGGCUCGUAGUGGAUUAUGCCUGUGCCCUCCAAAAAGAUAUCCUCCUUCAAGGACGCUUAUAUCUCUCUGAAAACUGGAUCUGUUUCUACAGUAAUAUCUUCAGAUGGGAGACUAUGAUUUCUAUCGCUUUGAAGGACAUAACCUUCAUGACAAAAGAGAAAACAGCUCGGCUUAUUCCAAAUGCUAUCCAAAUUGCUACAGAAGGGGAGAAGUUUUUCUUCACUUCCUUCAGUGCUAGAGACCGAACCUACCUCAACAUAUUUAGAUUAUGGCAAAAUGCAUUGUUGGAGAAGAAAUUAACCAAACAGGAAUUCUGGCAGCUUGUCCACCAGAGCUAUGGCUCUGAGCUUGGCUUGAAUAUAGAAGAGAUGGAAAGCAUUUAUUCAUCAUCUGAAGAGAAUGGACAAUUAAGAUCUAACCUUAGUGAUGAAUCUGGAGAUAAGGAACCAGCUAAGGCUGUUGGUGUAGUUCAAGAAUCCACUGCUCUGAAUGAAGUUGAGACAGAAUUUCUUACUGGAAACUCACUUUUAGUAGUUGCUGAACCAGAGGAAUGUCAUUAUAAUAAACAAGACAAGAGGAAUUCAUUGAUUUCUUUAGAAAGGAAGCUCUCUGAUGUACCACACAAAGUUUCAAUACAAUCCUUGGAUCUAAAUGAGAAUUUUCCUAAGGAAAAGAGCAGUGCCUCUGAAAGUGAUGAAGACGCUGAGGAAGCCAUCCUUGAAUGUGAAAUCCAUGGAAAACUCUUUAUUAAUCGUAUUUUCCGUAUUGGUGCAGAUAAGAUGUUUGAAAUGCUUUUCACUAAUUCCCAUUUCAUGCAGACAUAUCUCAGGACUAGAAAUAUAACAGAUAUUGUAUCAACUUCUUGGAACCAAGAUAAUAGAGGCAAUCAACUUAGGACCCUGACUUACACAAUUACACUUAACAAUCCACUUAUUGGAAAAUUCACAACUGCAACAGAAAAACAGGUGCUACAUAAACGAAGCCACAAAAGUCGGUCUUACCAAGUAGACGCAGAGGUGGUGACACAUGAUGUGCCUUACCAUGAUUACUUCUACACUGUGAACAGUUAUAGUAUCUCUCAUAUGUCCAGUCAAAAAUGCAGACUCUGGAUUUCCUCAGAUGUGAAAUACAAAAAACAACCUUGGGGGCUUGUCAAGAAUAUAAUUGAAAAGAACACCUGGGGAGGUAUCCAGGAAAAUUUUAAACAACUUGAAUCAGAAUUACUAGUGGAAGAAUAUGCAAUAAAUAAACCUAUUGAGGAUCGUGCAAAACCUGGAGUCCGAAGAAGGAGAAGAUGGGUUUUACAGCGGAAUGCAGAAGAGAUACUUCCUAAACACUCUAUACAAGAUUCCACAGAAGACAAAAGAAUAAUACCUCUUGGGAAUGUAGGAAUGAAGAAGAAUGCUACAAAUAAAACCAUCAUCAUCAUAGUGGCAAUGAGUAUUUUUUUAAUUCUACUGGUUUUUCUGAAUGUGGCACUGUUCCUGAAAUUGUCAAAGAUUGAGCGUGCAGCUCAUUCAUUGUACCAUGUUCAACUUCAAGAAGAAGGGUCAACAACUCUCGCCCUUAAUGUGGCAUCGAAGGAGAAAACUCAUCAUAACAUGAAUCAAGCCCAACAUGUGAAAGGGGUGUUAAAGGAUUCUAUAGCAUUGCUUGAACAGCUGAAGACCUCAUUGUCUGUGCUCCAGCAUUGUUUUGAUCACCUAAACACAACCAAAGAUGGGGAGCCUGAAAGUUGAUGUCAUCAAAACCAGCUACUAAAAAGAAUGAAAAUAUAUUGCUGUGAUAGUAAUGCUGCUUUUUUAUUGCAGUCUUUUCAUCACAAUACUUUCGCAUAUAAUAAAUGUUAUUCUGGAAUAAGCUUCUUUUAAAAAGAAUUGUAUUGUGAAUUUGUGGAUCUUCCGGACCCACUUGAUGUCUUUUUGUGUGUGUGCGUGUGUGUGUGAGAGAGAGAGAGAGAAAACUUUCUUGAGCUGUGAAUACUGGUGGAAAUGAAUGAUUGAGAACACAAUGAGAGCUGAUAAUUAUUUAUACAUUGCAGAUAAACACUGCAGCAAACCACUGUACUGUACUGUGUAUAAAGUAAUAAACACUAGAUUUAGAUGGAAACAAUCUUAAGUGUUAUGAAAAAUGCAAUAUAAAAUGCUUGGUUUAUCAUAUGCAAAGUUUUUACUUCUUCCUUUUAUCUAUGUAAAAAGUCUUCAAAACUAAAUUGUUACAACAUUUGUUCCAGAUAUGAAUAAAUCUAAAUUUUACAUGUAGCUUUUUCUGUUUGGGGGCAGUUUGUUUUGUGGAUUAUAACAUUUCUUCCUCUUAGUCGCUAUCAUUUCAAUUCUCAGAGUUUCUCAGGGAAUUUUC